AAGGGCAGUUAAGGGAAUUCACCCACCAAGAAAGUAAAUAUAAAUCUCCCUGUCCAUCCCAAUCAUCACAUAUAAGUUGUUAUUAUCCUAAAUCCUUCCUUCAAAUUCUUAGAGAUGGGAGAUUGCAGGCCAUUGGGUUUCUUACUGGGGCUUCCAUUUGCCUUGGUUGCCUUAGUCUUGUCUCUAGUCGGUGCAGUUAUUUGGAUCAUCGGAUCUGUGCUGAGUUGCUUGUGUCCCUGUUGCGUGUGCUUCGCGGGGAUCGCCAAUUUGGCGGUGGGGCUUGUCAAGCUGCCGGUCAAGGUUCUCCGAUGGUUCACUCAUCAAAUCCCUUGUUGAUUUUCUUCCUCCCCUUAUUACUUUUUCAAAUUUAAUUUCCAUUAUUUGGGCAUUUUAAGUAGUUGAUGUGUAUUUUUAGUAAUGCCAUUUUUUUUUCAUCAUUGAUUCUUUAAUGGGUUGGCUUUGUUGGCCUUUUCUGUAUGGAAUCCCAUUUAUGAUUUACGUUGAUGCCUUCCCUCUA